AUGGAUCGGAACAACAGCGUAGAAGCUCUUAUAUCACUGCUGAUAGAAUCUGCUAAAAUCGACGAUGAAGGUAGAACAGUCGAAAAGCCAUUUCAGGAAUUGGGAUUUUCAGACAAGGCAGUGCAAAUUCUAAUGCAAUUUGUUCACAGCAAACGCAACUUUAUUGAGGGUUCUACAAAAACUGCAAAUAUUAGGGCUUAUCGCUUAGUUAAUCUCGAGUGGCGCCUAGAAAUACGAUUGGCUUCACGUGCUCUAAUGAAGCAGAGUCAAAUAUUUGUUACUAUGAAAUUAUAUUUACAUACGGAACCAAAGAGUGAAAACCGCGAUUUAUUAGAUAAUACGUCGGAACAAAACGCUAUCAUUAUACACGAAGAUGAAAGACGAAAUCGCAAAGACGUUUUAGUGCAAAUAGAUUUGAAUUCUCUGAAGUAUAUGAUACAAUCUUUGGAAGAAGCGCUAACGGAGUCUCGAACACGACGUGUACGUAAUAUUAUAGCCGCUAUACAUUAG